CUACCUGGAAAUCAGUCUGGACCGACCCGAGUCAAGCAACGGAAGCAGCUUAAUUGGACGCGUUUACCCAUUUUACCCGUUUUUUCUGCCCUAGGCUAUCAGCAGCAGCACCAUGCCGACAGUUAGCGUGGGGAGAGAUCGUUUGUUCUCAGCCCUAGGAAAAUCUUACUCUCAAGAAGAGUUUGAGGAUCUGUGCUUCAAGUUCGGCAUCGAGCUCGACGAUGUGACAACUGAGAAAGCAAUUAUUAGAAAAGAGAGGCACUUGGAUGAAGAAGAUGGAGGAGUUGGUGAUGACGAUGGAGAAAUCAUCUACAAAAUUGAAGUUCCUGCUAACAGAUAUGAUUUGCUCUGCCUUGAGGGGAUUGCCCAAGCCCUCCGCGUUUUUAACGAGGAGCAGCAGACACCAACAUAUACACUUGCCAGCAUUCCCAAGGACUCAAUGCUUAAGAUGCAUGUCAAACCACAAACAUCGUCGAUUCGUCCCUUUGUUGUUUGUGCUGUUCUGAGAGAUAUUACAUUUGAUGAAGCUAGUUACAACAGUUUCAUUGAUCUUCAAGAUAAGCUUCAUCAAAACAUUUGUAGGCGAAGAACCCUAGUUGCAAUAGGGACUCAUGACUUGGAUACACUACAAGGCCCUUUCACUUAUGAGGCUUUGCAUCCCAAAAGCAUUAAUUUUGUGCCACUGAAACAGGAGAAAAGCUUCAGAGCUGAUGAACUGAUGGAGUUUUACAAGUCUGAUAUGAAGCUGAAGAAGUUCUUACAAAUAAUUGAGAAUUCUCCAGUGUUUCCUGUCAUACAUGAUUCUAAAAGAACUGUUUUAUCUCUACCGCCAAUUAUUAAUGGUGCGCAUUCGGCUAUCACUCUGAAGACUAAGAAUGUUUUCAUUGAAUGCACAGCCACCGAUCUGACAAAGGCCAAUAUUGUAUUGAACACGAUGGUAACAAUCUUUUCAGCAUAUUGUCAAAGAAAAUUUGAGGUGGAGCCAGUUGAAGUGAUAUAUUCUGAUGGGAGGUCAUUCAUUUACCCUGAUUUAUCUGUCUAUAACAUGGAAGUUCCUCUUUCAUAUAUUACUGGCUCAAUUGGAGUCUCUUUGGAGGCAGAAAAGGUUACUAGUUUAUUAAAUCGGAUGCAAUUGCGUUCUGAGCAUUCUGUACUUGAUGACAACAAAUGCAAUAUCAAUGUAUCGGUACCUCCAACAAGAAGUGACAUUCUUCACCCGUGUGAUGUUAUGGAGGACGUUGCAAUUGCUUAUGGGUACAAUGACAUUCCAAAGAGAAGGCUCCCAUCAAUGAAGCCACUGCCCUUGAAUCAGCUCGAGGAUCUUAUCAGAGCAGAGAUUGCAAUGAAUGGGUUUACAGAGGUCUUAACAUGGAUUUUAUGCUCUAAUCGAGAGAAUUUUGCCUUGUUAAAUCGAGAAGAUGAUCAAUCAAGUGCAGUGAUUAUUGGAAAUCCCCGUUCCUCAGAUUUUGAGGCUGUCCGAACAAGCCUCAUGCCUGGUGCUUUGAAAAUUAUUGGACAUAACAAAGACCAUCCUAAGCCAAUCAAGAUUUUUGAAGUGGGUGAUGUAGCAUUUUUGGAUGAGAGUAAAGAUGUUGGUGCAACUAACCGUCGCCAUCUUGCAGCUCUGUAUUGUGGCACUAACUCAGGAUUUGAGCUUAUUCAUUCCUUGUUGGACAGAAUUAUGGAAGUGCUGGGAACCCCUUUUGUGCCAAUCGGUGACAAUACGGGGUACUACAUACAGCGGUCAGAUGCACCUGAAUUUCUUCCCGGUAGACAGGCUAGCAUCAUUUACAAAGGGAAGCAUAUUGGCGAUUUUGGUAUUGUGCACCCCCAGGUCUUGAACAACUUUGUCAUUACGGAUCCAUGUUCCUUAUUGGAAAUUGAUAUUGAGCAUUUUUUGUAAGGUCUACGGUGACAACAAAUGUCAGCUGGUGAUCUGGUGCAGUGGCUUGAAUCUUGUUUUGCCUGAGAUGGUGAUUACUGGCCUAAAAUCUGAGCCUAAAAUCUGGAGAGAAAUUACUGGCCUCCACCUGCGAGUGCUUUGUUUUCUUAGAGAGUUCGUUUUCUUAAGACAAUGAAACUAUCGGUAUUGAUUAUUUAGGCAAUUAAAACUCAGAUUUUGAUGUGAAAUAUCUACUGAUGGUUUACUUAGCUAGGUCUUUUCGUUUCAUGUUCUGAUUUUUCUCAAUAUAUGUGACUAGUAUUUGUUAAAGAGAAAUAUAAAAUCAUUAUUGGGGGUUGAGAUGA